UCAUACUUUACACUAUUAAAAAACGCGUGUUGAAGUUCUCAAGCUAAUAGCUUAUUUCGAAAGCAUUUUCUUGCGUAGUGAUGCAUAAUAAAGUGCUGCUGUAAAGUGUCAACACAGUCGACAACAAUGCAUCUUUGGCCGAAAUGCGUCUUGACAUCUGCGCUUCUAUUGGCCGUUAGUGUUAGCGGGCUUGAGUAUGUGAUUCUCGCACCGAACAUUAUUCGGUCCGACAGUAAAUUUCCGGUAUCGGUUCUUGUGCAUAACGCCACAUCAGAUGUGCAUAUCGAUGUGGCGCUGGUUGGAAAACCGACAGCCAACGAUGGUGACACCUUGGUGUUCAAAAAUUCGGCCGUUGUGCAAACGGACAAAUUGGCUGUUAUGGAAAUCGAUGUUGGUGACCUUUCGAGUCUUGUGAGCGGAUCAAUGGCGUGCAUCGUUAAUGGAUCCGACUCAUCAGAUUCCUUUCGUACCAGUUAUGGACCCCUGACAAUAAGCACGACUACGACAGCGGAAAACCCGAAAAACAGCGGCGAACCCCUUGUCUUCAUACAAACCGAUAAGCCGGUAUACAGUCCCAACGACACAGUACGCUUCCGUGUCGUGUCGGUAAAAAGAGUGGGCAACAAACUGAUGCCUGUGUUCGUGCCAUUCUAUGUCCAGAUUUUGGACUGGAAGUGCAAUGUUGUGCAACAAUUUAGCAACGCUAACGACACACGAGUCGCCGGGUAUUUUGCGGGAGAAGUGCCGUUAUCCGCAUAUUUGCAAAACGCAGGUUGGUCAAUUCGCGCGGUGGUCCGCGCCCCGGAUGACACCAAUAACAGCCUUGGAAAUCCAUCCAGAGAUUUUGACCUCGAUCCACGCUGCGACCCCAGCAAAGAGCCUACAAGCGUAGAGGAGGAACUGAUCCGCCGUCACACGCCCCGUGAUCCUUCCGAUCCUGUACUGGCUAGUAAAAUCUUCCUCAUCGAAAGCUAUCCUAAGUCGAGAUUCGAAGUUCGAAUAGUAACCCCGAAGACCUACUAUGUUCCAUCAAUAGAUGGAGAAUUCCGCUUCGAAGUCAUCGCUGACUACACACCCGGAGAAAGCGUCAUAGGAAAAUUUGACGUCAGAGUUAGCCGACCGCGUUAUGAGGAUGGCGUUUAUGUUGCUGUAUGGAAUCAGUCCAUUUCUCCGGGACAAUUCCGGUCUAUUUCCGUGCCGGCACAAACGGUGAUGACCGACUCCGACGAGUUCGAUACCAAAGUUAUCAUCGAAGUUGACUUUACCGAAGUCGCUACCGGGCAUCAAGAGCAGGCUAAAGCUAUCGUUGUGCUGCGAACGGAAGCGUAUAUUAUCAAGAUUAACGCGGGCAAGAAGACCUUCUUACCUGGAUAUCCGUUUUGGCUGACGGCUACGAUCUCUGACUGGGACGGUCGCCCGCCACCUCCCAGCACCAAAAAAGUGCAAGUGGAUGUGUUCUAUUACGUUUACGAUUCACUUGGCCAGUCGAAGAGGGUUUCGCUGAGCGGCGGUGUGAGCUGCGCUGGACAGAGAUUUCCGCCUUCGUACGGCGGCGGCUAUGGCAGUGGUGGCUAUGGUGGUAAUGGUUACGGUGGUGAUGGGUACGGUAGUGGUCGCGGUUACGGAAGAAAAAAGCGCAGCCUGGGUUUUGGUUCGUCGUGGUACGGUAGUAACGACGGCUGUAACGCGCUCCCUGAUACGCAGUUUGCGGAAAUUCACGCCGACGGAACAGUUUACUUCGACAUAGCUCCUCCAAAGAAUGCUGGUGAAGUCGCAAUCACCGUUGCGUACGAGGGAAAGGUGGACGCUGUCAGUCUCCUGGCGAAACAAUCUCCCAGCGGGAGUUUCUUGGAGAUCCUGCAGGAAAGCGAAUUGAUCGCCGGGGAAGUGGCAGAAUCACGAGCCGGUCAUUUUGUAAUGGCAUUCGUACCGAUUGCGGAAGCGAUGGGUCUAGCAGGACGACUGAUCGUGUAUUACGUUGCGAGCGAUGGCGAACUGGUUGGAAACAUUAUGGCGCUGUCGGUUGUCGAUGAUAGAGUCGGGCUAUCGGUACAUACGGAGCUUGGUCAGCCGCAUGCUAUGCCGGGUGAAGAGAUUUCCUUGCACGCUUACACGACUCCGUCGGCGUUUGUGGCGUUUCUUGCCCUGGAUGAGAAUCUAGCGCGUCUAAGAAUGGUUCAUGAUAUAACCUUUAAUAUUAAACCAACCGAUUCCGGCCCGGUGCAGCAGUUCCUUCUGACCAAUACCAAACUUCCAGCAACGGUGCCUCGAUGGGGGCAUUUUCUUGGUUAUUCAACGUCGCGAUCGGGAUACAGCGGUGCCGACGUGGAUGGGUCAUCCAAGAGAUACACACCAGCAUCGUACGCAGAUGACGGUUACUUUGGUGAUGACCCUGAGCGCAUCUUUGGGUCAAACUACGAUGUGGGAUUUCAGAAAGCUCGUCCCAUCAACUACAAUUUCCAGCAAAGCUUCCUGUUUGCAACUGCAACCGCUGACGACCAAGGCGUUGCUGUAAUCAAGCGUAAAGUUCCAGACGCCAUGGCAUCGUGGUAUAUCUUUGCGUUCAGCCUGAGCAAUACCAGCGGACUGACAGUGCUCCCGGAACCAAGAAGACAUUACGCAGCGCUGAAUGUAACAGUCCUUCUGAAGAUUCGACUACCCGACAACACUACUGUGGCCUACACGAAAAAAGUUCUGUCGAAGCCGAAGGAACCGGUGAUCGCAGCGUUCAGCAUUGUCCCUGAACAAGCUGGUGAGCUGAAUCUCCAGGUCACCGCUAGAGCCGAUUUUGAAUUCGAUCAGGUGGAGAAACGUCUGGUUGUGAAACAGGAGGGCGUCACACAGUAUUAUUCUAAACCGAUCCUGAUCGAUCUGCGCAACUCGACUAAGUUUGAUGCGGUUUUGACGCUCCCAGUCAGCCCACCUGGAAAAUUUGUCGGAUCCGAUAAAGUAGCGGUUAACGUUGUCGGCGAUAUUCUUGGCAUUUCGACGCGCAAUCUGGACAAGCUCAUCCGGCUGCCGCUCGGGUGUGGUGAAAACAGUUUAGCGCUUAUGGCACCCAGUGUCACAGUGUGGAAAUACCUGGAAAAGACCGGUAAACUGUCCGCUGCCAAACGCCAAGAGCUUGAGAAAAGCAUUCAAAUCGGAUACCAAAGGUCACUCAUGUACCAGCAUCAGGAUUUCUCGUUCGGAGCUUGGGCCAGCACGCAACCCAACGGUUCCUUUUUUGCCUGGUCAGCUUCCGAUGAGAACGGCUCCACUUGGCUGACCGCACGAAUCGCCAAAGUUUUUGCCGAAGCCUCCCAGUUGGUUUCCGAUGUUGACGAAACCGUAGUUCAGAAAAUGUUUGCUUUCCUUAUCGAUAAGCAGCGAGAAGAUGGCCACUUUGAGGAGAGCGGGCAAAUCUUGGAUAAAGGCGUCCAGAGUGGAGACUCCAAAGAUGUCUCUUUGACCGGAUUAUGUGUUCUUGCGUUUGUCCAGUACAUAGACACUGGAAAAGCUAAUGUGGAGAACCUGGGUGACUCGAUGCAAAAAGCGGUCAUGUAUCUGGAAUCGCAGCUGGAGGGAUUAGGAAAUGACUCGUUCGCUUUAGCGGUUGCGUCGUAUGCACUGGCUAAAGCAAACAGUCAAAGAAAGCUGGAUGCCCUGACUCUGCUGAGCGAACGAAUGGUGGCCAAUUAUUCCACUAUCCACUGGACAACUGGAAGCACUGGUCAGGAAGUUAACAUGGACGCGGAAAUGUACUCCACUGAUGCAAAAGACGUGGAAGCGACAUCUUACGCACUGUUGGCAUACAUCGCCAAUGGAAAACUCAGUACCGCAACGAAGAUUGCUUCAUGGUUGAUAUCCAAACAAAAUGCAAACGGCGGUUUCUUCUCAACAGCGGAUACGGUGGUGGCGCUGCAAGCGCUAGCGGAGUUUGCGGUAACACUAGGUGCCCCUUCAUCGGUACAAAUCGAUAUUAUCGGUGGAGCUAAGAAAAGCAGCUUCGCCAUCACUCCGAAAACAUCGCUGGACGUGCAAUCGACCGAGUUUCCGACAAAGCCAGAGAAUGUUGUGAUCCACGCUAAAGGAACCGGAGUCGGUGUUGUUUCUCUCAGCUGGAUUUACAAUAUUAAUCAACCCAAAGAGACCGCUGCCUUUGACCUGACUGCCACCUACGAUAUUCAUGCAAAACAAAUCGGCGUGAACCUUUGCGCAACGUACUUGCGGGAUGGUGCGAGCAGUAUGGCGGUUAUGGAAAUCGAGGCCCUUUCGGGCUACCAGUUCGAUGAACGGGAAAUUGACAAACUUCCGAAAGAAAUACAACCCAUGAGAAAGGCUGAGCUGAGCAAUAAGGAUAGCAAGCUGAAUCUGUAUUUCGACGAGGUAACAACGUCUGGCAUGUGCUUCCGUGUGACGAUGUACCGCCUCUACAAAGUGGAAAAUCUCCAGAAUCAGACAAUUGUGAUCUACGAUUAUUUUAAUCCCAAAGAUCGACGUAUGGUUUCUUAUGAUGGUCCGUCUCACGCUUUUUGAAGUCCUUGGAUUGAAGCUGACAUCUUUCCAUUUUAACUUCUUUUUCCAAAAUCCGAAUUUGCACGCAUACAGUAAUUUGGAUUACUUAUCUAUCUCGUCAUUGACAUUAAUAAUUUCGAUGGUUUGUAUUUCUGCCAGUAUCGCAUUGGAGUAGAUAUUUAGUGUACGGGUUGGUUACGGUAACUCAUAAAUUAUUCAAAAACGUCUUGAAGGGUGUGACCUAU